AUGAUGUUCCUACGCGGCCUGACAUGUAUCGCCCUUGCGGCGCAAGCUGCUGCUUUGUCAAUUGGCGGAAGGCAUAUGACUGUUGAGCGGGGCAGUGAUGGAUUGCAGGAUAUCGUUACGUACGAUGAGCACUCUUUGAUGGUUCAUGGAGAAAGGGUCUAUGUAUUCUCGGGCGAAUUCCACCCCUACCGUUUACCAGUCCCCGAUCUGUGGCUUGACGUCUUCCAAAAAGUCAAGGCGUUAGGCUUCAAUGCAGUUUCGUUCUACGUCCACUGGGCAUUGCUGGAGGGGGAGCCAGGAACAUAUUCAGCAGAUGGAAUCUUCGCUUUUGAGCCUUUUUUCGACGCCGCAAAGGAGGCCGGGAUCUAUCUCAUUGCUCGUCCAGGACCGUACAUCAAUGCUGAAGUUACCGGUGGAGGGUUUCCGGGCUGGAUACAACGCCUUAAAGGCCAGCUCCGAACCCGGGCGCCUGAUUUCCUCGAGGCAACAGACAACUACAUGGCACACAUUGGUAAAGCAAUUGCCAAAGCACAGAUCACAAACGGUGGCCCUGUUAUCCUCGCUCAACCGGAGAAUGAGUACACAGGGGCAAGCGGACAGGUGACUGGGGGGUUCCCUGAUCCCGAAUUUUUUGCCUACGUUCAGAAGCAGCUUAGGGAUGCGGGAGUUGUUGUACCAUUGAUUAGCAAUGACGCCUCUCCGAAAGGACUUUUUGCACCUGGCAAAACCACUAACGGAACCGCUGAAGCCAAUGUCGAUAUUUACGCUCAUGACGGCUAUCCCUUGGGAUUCGAUUGCGCCCAUCCUUACACUUGGCCUUCCGGAGCUCUCCCAACCAACUGGCAUGCAACCCAUGAGGAUCAAAGUCCCGCUACUCUCUACUCUAUCAUGGAGUUUCAGGGCGGUUCGUUUGAUCCAUGGGGUGGGCUUGGUUUUGCUCAAUGCUCUGUCCUACUGAAUAUGGAGUUCGAACGGGUUUUCUAUAAAAAUAAUUUUGCUUCUGGUGCUACUUUAUUGAACAUUUAUAUGAUCUAUGGCGGAACAAACUGGGGAAAUCUAGGUCAUGCAGGUGGCUAUACAAGUUAUGACUAUGGCUCCAGUAUCGAUGAAAAUCGCCAAAUAAAUCGAGAGAAAUACAGCGAGCUGAAGCUUGAAGCAAACUUUCUCAAGGUUUCUCCAGCGUUCCUGACGGCAUCAGUUGGCAAGGGUGUGACGGGAAGCUAUUCGGACUCCUCAACGAUAUUCACCACUCCAAUAUUGGGCAAUGGAAGCGCUACAAACUUCUACGUGGUCAGACAUAGUGACUUCCAGAAAACGACAUCCGCAACAUACAAAAUGAACCUGAAAACCAGCCAUGGAACUCUCUCGCUCCCUCAGCUAGAUGGCAGUUUGACAUUAAGCGGCAGAGAUUCCAAAUGGCAUGCAACUGACUACGAUUUGGGCGGAACCAACCUCCUUUACUCUACAGCUGAAAUAUUUACUUGGAAGAAGUUCGACAAGAAGACAGUGUUAGUUGUCUACGGCGGGCCAGGUGAACAACAUGAGCUAGCAAUUGUCACGGAUAGCACAGCAAAACAGGUUGAGGGCAGCGGAGUCACCGCCAAAUCUGCCAAGGGCACUGUCAUUCUGAACUGGAAGACGUCUACCACCCGCCAAGUUGUACAGGUAGGUGAUGUCUUAGUGUAUAUCCUGGACCGCAACACUGCCUACAACUAUUGGGUUCCUGAUUUCGCGAGGACUGAUGAAUGGGGCACUUACACCUCAAACGUGGGUAAAAGGUCAUCAGUGAUUGUUGAAGCAGGGUACCUCGUGCGCUCAGUAUCUAUUAAAGGGAAUGUAUUGAACAUUGACGGCGACCUCAAUGCUACGGUACCAAUUAAAGUGAUCGGAGCGCCCGCCAACACCAAGGAACUCCGUUUCAACAAUGACAAACUGGACUUCACAACUGAUUCAGUAACUGGAGAAUUGUCUUCUACCCUUAAAUACGCUUCUCCCAAGCUUAGCGUACCUGACUUGUCGAAGUUGGACUGGAAGUACCUGGACAACCUUCCAGAGAUUCAAACCUCCUAUGAUGAUUCUGCAUGGACGGCGGCCAGCCAUACUACAUCCAACAACCCAUAUACCUUGCAGACACCAACAUCGUUGUUCUCCUCCGACUACGGGUACCAUACCGGAGUCCUGGUCUACCGUGGCCAUUUCGUAGCCAAAGGAGACGAGUCAACAUUCAAGAUUACGACGCAAGGAGGAAGUGCUUCCGGCUCUUCAGUGUGGCUAAACUCAACAUAUAUUGGCUCUUGGGCAGGAAUAGACGCCGCCACCGCACAUAGCGCAAGCUAUACCCUCCCUAACCUCUCAGCUGGAAAGUCGUACGUCUUCACUGUCGUCGUAGACAACAAUGGCCUGGAUGAGAAUUGGGUCGUCGGCCCAGAUGAGAUGAAGCACCCUCGUGGAAUCCUCAACUACUCUCUUAAUGGGCGAGCACAAUCUGACAUUACAUGGAAAUUGACGGGAAACCUGGGCGGGGAGUCAUAUAUCGACAAAGCACGUGGACCCUUGAAUGAAGGCGGGUUAUAUGCCGAACGUCAGGGUUUCACACAACCUAAUCCACCGAAUGAGAAAUGGGUCGCAGGAAACCCUGAGACGGGCAUCGACAAAGCUGGCAUUGCAUUUUACCAAACUAGCUUUGACUUGGACUUGCCUGAGAAUUAUGAUAUCGCUCUCAGCUUCAAAUUCGGGAACACGACAAUUAAUAACGUUGUUGCGGACUACAGGGCACAGUUAUGGGUCAAUGGAUACCAGUUUGGAAAGUAUGCGAACAAUAUUGGGCCGCAAUCCGAGUUCCCUGUUCCUCAAGGUAUACUUAACUAUCACGGCGAGAACUGGUUGGCCAUCGAACUCUGGGCUCAACAGUCUUCAGGGGCCCAUUUGACAGAUUUCACGCUCCAAGCUGGUACUCCAAUUCGGACGUCUAUGAACGCUCCCAAAAUGGCUCCGGUACCCAGCUACAAACACAGAAAGGACGCGUACUAG